AUGUCUUCAGAGUCGUUACCAAUAUCAUCUUCAUCUUCUUCAUCAUCAUCAAAUCGCAAGAAAGCUAAUGAACUGGUAUUAGAAGAAGCUAUUGUCCGUAGUUCUAUUGAUACUAUUGAUCUAAUAACUCCCAAAAAACUCAGUAAUUUAUCUAUCAAAACAACUGCAGAUGACUUACAAUCAAAUAUUGAAGGAUAUCAGGAAUUUUUAUCUAAUGCCAACACUUUGUUUGGAGAAAGACCUUUGGCUGAUUAUCAAUAUCUAUGGUUGGAAACAAUUUAUCGAUUAACAUUUACUUUGGUCAAAUUAAAGAAAUCAUUUAGUCAAUUGUAUCUACAUGCACAACCGUAUGAAAUUGAAUCUAUUGGUCCAAAGGCAAUUGUGUUAAAUGCUAAAUUGAUGCAAGCUACAGAAGAAUUGAGUAUACUUAUGUGUGAGUUUUUCAAUAAUGCCCUUUCAAUAGUAGUUGCGUUUGAGAAUAGAGUGCAAAGUUUGAUUGGACAAUGUUUAAAAUUAUUAUUACUUGAAGAAAUGGAAGAUGAUAGAUUUGACCAUAUCUCUAAUGCGGUAUUACAACAGAUCCAGGUGUAUUUGAUUAAUCAUAAGGUUGGCAUUGAAAUUCUUAUUAGAUUUAGUGAAACGGUUUAUAAAUUGGGUAAAUCACCCUUGAUUUUACCACUUUUACAAGAAUUUGAUCCUGAGCUACCUAUGAAUUUGAUUGCUUCCAAUGCUAUCAAUUUGGUCGAUGUGAUGAAUUUUUAUCGUUAUGUUUCAUUCAAUUUAGUGUCGUUAUCAGUGAAUGACAAAAAAUAUGCCAAAUUGGCAGAGAUUUAUUUCAGAAUUUUGUUAGCUUUCCCUAAUUUGAAUUUAAAGUUAUACGUUAAAGAUGAAGAUGAAAAGGGCAUGUUUAGGGAUAAGCGCGAUGAAUUCAUUAUCAAUUUACUGGAAAGACAAGAGCUUUCGUUGAUGUAUGUGUUAAAUUAUCUUUUAGCUGUUGGAUCAUUACGAAAGCUACUCGAAUCGUCUCAGUUGUACCAAAAAGAGUUGUCAUUUCUUGUUAAUAGUGUUUCCUUGUCACUUUCUAAGGAUAUAGACAAAUUGGCGUCACAAACAACAAGUACAAGAUCAAGUAUGGUGUCUAUACCGCAAUAUAAUAUGGAAAUCGAAAGAAAAUUGGAAAUUGAAAAAAAAUUGGCGAGUAGUAAAUACAAAUACAGUUCUUUAAGCAGUGUUAUAUUCAAUGGUUCAUACAAGGAAAAACUACGAUUAGUAGUGAAUUUCGGUGAAUCUUUACUUGCUCCCAAUUUACUUGUGAAAAAAUUGAAAAACAAAAGUAUCGAUAACAAUGAUAGUUAUGUUGAGUCGAAUAAAGUUGUAGAAAGGUUGAUCCAUGCAAUGAACAAAAUUGAAGAAGAUUUAUUAGCAGUUUUAUAG